AAAUGGUAACGAGCCAAAGAAGAAAAUAUGUUUUUAUAAGUUGGGAAGAAUCAAAGCAUCUCUCCUGGCUUAACUGGGUCCUAACAGUCAUAUUAACAUGUAAAUAAUUAAAGCGGUACCAGUCAGAACAACUGACCAAUCAAAUGGCAGACAUACCCCUGACGCCCUUCUUUCAGUACAGUUCUAAGAAAACCCGGUGGAUUAAUGAUGAUCUCAGUCUUUUUCUAAAGAUGUGGAGCAAAACGAAAUUCAAAAAAAUGUCAGCCUUAAACCUUUCAGCACUUUGAGGUGGAUCUGGAAUCAGAGAUAUUAAUAAGACAAGUUUGAAGAAAUUAUCAGACAAAUACAUGCAAUAAACAAAUCUUAUUUCACUGAAAUUCAUAUUAAUAUAUUCUCAUACUGCUGGAUCCAUCUGAAGCAAAUCCACAGUUCGAAUCAUCAGCAGAAUUUUAACCGGAAGAACCUCUCCGUGUGUUCCGGUGCUGACCUGGUUGAACAGACGGGGUCCAUUCAUUCUAAAGACUAGAAGAUAUUAAGUAGAAAAUAAAAAUAGUUCAAACCCAGUUAAUAAUGUUUGAGGCCAAAAUGAACGACUCCCUCAGUGGUCCGUAAACGCCGCGUGUUGCCAUGGGGACGGUAAACAGCUCAGAACCGAUUGAUUUAAGCAGAGGGACGCACCGAUACCGACACCGGGCGCCAUUUGAGGCCGAGUAGCAGCUUCUUUUUCCCGGAUCUUCUUCCUCCGGCUGACCGGGAACCCGGAGCCCGAACCCGGCUGCGGGAUCCAGACCCAGCGCCAGGAUGUGUGAGAGCAGAGCGGUUCCCAGCAGGGAGGUUAACCGGCAGCUGUUCGACGCUCAGGCUCAGCUGUCCAGAUCUCUGCUGGCAGGACACAGAGUCCAGAAGACAGACAGUCUGUCCCCAGCGGACAGCAGCAGGGUCUGUUCUCCCACCAGCAGGGGGCAGCAGAUGGAUGAUGAAGAUGAUGGCUUUGCCGACGUCAGGAAGCUUCCUGACUCAGUGGCGAUCAACCAUCCGAGUUCUGGGAUUGUUGAGAGGCUGAGCAAGAAGAGAGGUCAGAAACACGAUGCAGCUCUGAAGCAACUGGAGGCUGACCUGACCCACCUGUCCCAGGUGUGUGAGUUGGAAGUGAGGACCAACAGUGAGCAGGUGCGGUCCUCUCUACGGGAGGUGGACCUCAGAUUGGACACCCUGAAGGGCAGAAUUGGACAGCAAGAACCCGGCAGUCUGCAGGCCUGGCACAGUCUCUGGGAGGCAGUGGAAGAGGAGGUGAGGCUGAAGAAGAUCUGCAUCUCAGAACUGGACAAGAAGCUGAGUGGCGUUGAAGAACAUAGAAGCCUGGAGAUCAAAGUUGUUCUGAGGAAACACUUCCAGCUGCUGGAGCAGAUUAGCUUCCUGUCUCCACCUGAUGUCCACAGGCUGAUGCACGCUGAGGCCAUGAAGUUAAAUCAGUCUCUGCUGGCCAACCAGCGCAGCAUCGCCUGGUUGGUACUGCGCCUGAAGGAGGACCACCUUCAGCAGGAGUCCCUCCUCCGUCUGCUCUGGAAGGACUGCCUGGAUCGAUGGAGGAGCAACAGAGUAGAAGAAGUGGUGGAGCGGUUAAAGGGUCUCUGCAGCAGAGAUAAGGAACAAGAGCUGUUCUUGGAUCAGCAGAUGAAACAAACUCAAGAAGAUCUGAUACAACAGCGCUGUGAAAUCAUCUAUAAGAUCUGUUCUCUGGUCCCUCCCAUCUGCUCCUCGGCUCUGGUUUCUGAUUGGCUCGACGAGCUGACCGCUGUCAAUCAGCAGAUUGACCAUCUCCAUGCUGACCUUCUCCAUCAGAUGCGAGGAUUAUACGAACACACAUGGCAGCAUCACCUGGCUGAGGUGGAGAACUGUAAGGUGGCGCUCUUAGCUCUGCAGCUAUCAGACCAGCAGGUGAAGGAGAUCAUCGCCUCUCAGCUCCUCCCUCUGAUUGGACAACUGCAGAGACAGGAUGAAGAGCGAUUGGCUGCUCUAGAUGUGUGCAGUGACUCUGUGGGACGUCACAGCCUCCAGGUCAGUAGGAGUGUCUUUGAGGUGAUGCGAGCCUCAGCGUUGCUAUGGGAGAUGCACUGCCGCAAGUUGGAGAGGAGAGAAGAAGAACUGAAGGGACAAUUGGAGGUCCUCAGUCAGGCCCAGCAGAAACACGUCCAGAAGAAGAUGGUGCACAUGGAUGUCCUGUUGGGGGCGCUCCGUCAGGAGAGCAGUGAGGCUGCUAUGCAGAUGUGUCUGCAUAAAACUCUGGAGCAGCUGCAGGACAUGGAGGACAGCUGCAGGCAGAGCAUUUCUGAUCAAUGUGAGCUCCUGGAUCAGCUUCCUGCUCUCCUCAUGGAGGAGCUCCUCUCCUACAGCAUCAGCAUCAGCUCCUUCUUCAGACUCAGCCACGCCUACAGACCGAGUCCAGCAGAACUGCAGAACUUCCCACCAUUGAACAUCAGAAGCCCCACACUGGUCCUGGAAACGUCUUCCAGGACAGAAACCGUGCAACCAGAGAACAAAGAGCCAAUAAGCAGUGAGAAAGAAACUGGCCCCGCCCUCAGCUCCCAGGAAUGGCUGACUGAGGCAGCGUCCUCUCUACUCAAACUCUGCGACAUCAGCAGCAGUGUCACCUUUACAUCAACAGGGGGCGUGGUGUACACAGGCCCCGCCUUUAGGUGCUCCGCCCCCGACCUGUCUGACUCCAUCCAACAGGAAACACACCUGAGCCUGUUUCCUGUGGAGCUGCUCGUGCACACUCUGAGCAGGACCCGGACUCUGGUUCUGGACCAUGUUGAGCAGAGCUUCAAAGAUCUUCUUAGCUCGGCUGCUGCCAUGGUGGCGGAAAGAAAGGAGGCGGUCAGAUUGGAGCAGAAACUCCAGCUGACACCAGAACACAUCCGGACCCGCAUUUAUGAGCCCCGGCUUGCUGAGCUGCAGCUCCACCAGAAGUGUGUGGACAUCCACUGUCAGGAAAUAUCGGACAUUUUGACCUCCUGUAGAAAAGAGUUUCAGGAUCUUCAGAACUCCAUCCAGAAGAAGAACCAGGAGUUGUUCAACAGUUUGGCCUCCUGUGAAAUGGAGCUGCAGACCUCCAUCCAGAAGAAUAACCAGGAUGGCCUGGAGGUGGCGUCAAGCAGCAUCAGAGGUCUGGAGGUUUGUGGCACCACCCUGCAGAACUGCCUGGAUCGGCAAACUGAAGAUACUCAGAACUUCAAACAGUUGGUCCAGAGCAGACUGGAAGAGGCUAGGAAAAGAACAGGGGAUCUCCUAAAGUCUUUCAGGAUGUUCAGCGAAGGAAGAGAUUUAGCUCCUCAGGAGGAUAAAAUGUUUCGGAGGAGACUGAAGGAGGAAACCAAGCAGAUCAGUGCGACUGAGAAGUCCAUCUUCUCUGAGCUGGAGUUGUUAGAGUCCAAGAGUUUGCAGCAGGUGAGGAAGGUGUCAUCUGGUCUGGAGGACAAGCUGUCUUCUCUGCGGGCUGAGGUGAAAUUCACUGAUGAAGUCCAGAAAAUAAUCAGCAGAACACAGAUUCAGAUCAAGGCUGAGGUGGCCAGCAGCAACCUGCAGCAGUCUAAGCUCAGCAGCAGGUUGGAGGAUCUGAGGAUGAUGAUGAAGAACAUGCAGGUGUCACCAGAUCAGAUUUGUUCGUUCUUUUUGUCAACUAAUGAACAAAUGAAGAUGCGCUGCUUCUACCUGGAUUUUAAUCUGGACUCUGCGGUGAAGGAAAGUCUCGCUCUGUCGGGUCAUCCUGAACCCAGGGAGCAGGUCCGAUGUGGUUCCCUGCAGCUGAGCAGGACAGCUGUGGACCUCCAUGAAGAGCAAGCUGUUAGUGCCGUCAGGUUCACUUUGCUCCAGGAUUCAAGCUCAGAAAACCAGCAGAGAGGAAGAAAAGCUGCAGAUCAGAGCUCCACCCAACAUCAGCAGAGAAGCGCCGAUUCCAUCAGCACUCUGAGUAUGAGAAUAAGCUCCAGGUCCAUCAGAACCGAAGUCAGCACCGGCAUCAGGACCAAGAAAAAAUUCCAGAUUUUUGGAUCCAAACAGGAAGCUGAGCUGAGCACACACUCCUUCAACACAUCCCUGACUUCCAUCCUGUGGAGAAGCAACGACGCUCUCCUGCUGCUCGCCGAGGAGUUUUACUGCAGCAAGCGUCCCUGCAGCCUCAACCUGCUCCCCGAAUCUGUGGACCAAUGGGCUGAAAGCAUACAGCAAAGGCUGCUGGGAUACCAGGAGCAGGGAAGGAGGUUCCUGAGCGUGAGCAGAGAUGAGGUGGUGAAGCAGCUGUCUGUGUUCAGGGAGCUGCUGAACUGCUUACCUGAUGUCUUAAUAAACGACCAUGAGGGACAGCAGGGGGCGCGGCUCACUGAGGAGGUGGGCGAGGUCCGAAAGAAGCUGGAGGAGAAGCUGGCAGCCAGUGAGAAGGAGAAGAUCUCCAACGUCCGUCACCUGCGAGUGUCUCUCAGCGACAACGAGCUAGAGGCGCUGAACAGCAGGGAGGAGCUCAGACAGCAGCAGGUGCACAGCGCCAUCCACAGCACACACCUGGAGCUGCAGGAGUGUGUGAGAGGGAGAGCGGAGGAGUUUGUGACGUCGCUGUCCUCUCUGACAGAGAAGCUGCUGCAUCUGCUGGACGAGAUGCUUACUGCUGCAGAGCCACCCAGAGCUGUUACCAUGGAGACAGGAGCUGAAACAGGAAGUGAGCUCAGCAGAGGAAGCAGGACUUGGACCGGUAUCGCCCACCUGUCCCUGCCCACCAAUAACUCAGGAGUAUCACCUGUUACCAUGACUACAGCAUCCAUCACCACAGCCAGGAGCAGCCUGAAACGUGGGGCAGUUAUCGAGAACAGAGACGCUGCAUUGAAGCGGUGGGAGCAGCUGAUCCGCUCGGAAGUGUCACGUUCUGAUGUGGACAGACGGAACCAACUGAGCAAACAGGAGAGCUGGACCUCCUACUGGAGACAAGAAAUCCUCACGCUGAGAAGCAUACAGAAGAAAACUGGUUUUUAAUGCGUCUCGUGCCUUAUGACAAGUUUUUUCACUUGUUCAGGAGACCGCUUCUUCAUUAACCCAUUAAACGUCCUGAACACGA